CGUACUUCAAGACGUAUCGCGUCACUUACAUCGCAGUCGGUCACCGUAUCGUUUCUCCUCCGGGGAGUGUAUUUUACUCAUUAAUAUAAAAGUGUCGGAAGUGUCGAAACGAAAUACGAUCGCUGCACGUUCUAUUAGCGAAGGCAAUCGUAAUUGAUAGCGUCCUUCGAUAUUCGUAGAUACAUUGCGUUAUCUGAAUCGACGACAUUCGUCAACACGCCGUCGACAUAAACAUUUUUCGGAGUAUUUACGCGUGACUUCACGCGUUUAGCAAGCAUGGUACGCGCGAUCAAGCGUAUCAAAAAGACGCAAAGAAUCGAGAUCGCUCCCUUUCCCCCUCUUGUGUUUCGCGUUAUUUACCUACAUGUUAUAAGUGAGUCGCACGCGUGUAACGAAAUGAUCAAUUACUGUCAUAUAGCGGUAAUUAGCAUGUGCAAUUGGUUCGUCCAUGCAAUUUACGCGAGUGAGUGCGUGGUUCGAUGGAGCGCCGUCUUAAAGAGAGCAGUCGGAGAUGUCCAGGCCAACUAAAUACGCGGAAAGCAGUAAAUUCACCUUUGGGAACAGUCUAAUAGAGACUCAUCCAGACGCUCCCAAGGCAGCUGUCUACGUGCAAAAACUGAGGGGUCUGGAGCGCACGAAGGCGAGAAGAAAUGAGGUGGACGUGACACAAUGACAUGAUGAAGAGCCUGGUGGGGAUCAUGUGGAUAGUGUUGGUGCUCAUAUCAGGAUGCUCAGGAAAUCCAGACGCGAAGCGAUUAUACGACGACCUUUUGUCGAAUUACAACAAGCUGGUUCGUCCAGUGGUCAACGUCACAGACGCCCUCACCGUUAAAAUAAAGCUCAAGCUUUCGCAGCUCAUCGAUGUGAAUUUGAAGAAUCAAAUCAUGACGACGAACCUUUGGGUCGAACAGUCAUGGUAUGAUUACAAGUUGACAUGGGAUCCGAAAGAGUACGGUGGGGUGGAGAUGCUGCACGUGCCGUCAGAUCAUAUAUGGAGGCCCGAUAUAGUUUUAUACAACAACGCCGACGGUAAUUUCGAGGUGACGCUGGCGACGAAGGCGACUCUCAACUACACGGGUAGGGUCGAGUGGAAACCGCCGGCGAUUUAUAAGUCUUCCUGCGAGAUUGACGUCGAAUAUUUUCCUUUCGACGAGCAGACGUGCGUAAUGAAAUUCGGCUCGUGGACUUACGACGGCUUCCAGGUCGAUCUUAGACACAUUGACGAGAUGCGAGGCAGCAAUGUCGUCGACAUCGGCGUCGAUCUGUCGGAGUUUUAUACUUCCGUUGAAUGGGACAUACUAGAAGUCCCUGCUGUAAGAAACGAAAAGUUUUACACGUGUUGCGACGAGCCUUACCUCGACAUCACUUUCAACAUCACCAUGAGACGGAAGACUCUGUUCUACACCGUUAAUCUCAUAAUACCGUGCAUGGGGAUAUCAUUUCUCACGGUGUUGGUGUUUUACCUGCCAAGUGACAGCGGAGAGAAGGUCAGCCUGUCCAUCUCGAUUCUAUUGUCACUGACUGUGUUCUUCCUCUUGCUGGCUGAAAUCAUCCCGCCCACAUCGCUCGUGGUACCGCUCCUCGGUAAAUUCGUCCUCUUCACUAUGAUCCUCGACACUUUCAGUAUAUGCGUAACAGUGGUGGUUCUCAACGUUCACUUCCGUUCACCGCAGACCCACGUAAUGGCGCCGUGGGUACGACGCGUGUUCAUCCACGUUCUGCCAAGGUUGCUAGUAAUGCGCAGGUAUAAUACGCCAACGCAGAGAACCGAUUACGAUUCCAGGCCGCAGUACCAGAUAGACAAGCGUAGCAUGGGCGGACAUCAUGGACAUCGCGUGAUGGUCAGAACAUGCAACGGUCUCGAGUUGCGAGACCCAUCACUGUUCGUCGAGUCCUCGGCCUCGGAGUUGGUCGAGUCCUCUGUGCUUUUUCCUAGUGUCGAUUCACGGGACGAGCUGCAUCCUCGGUGCGUCCCGUUGAGAAUACUCUCGGAACGGGAGUUGGAAGCAGUAAAUUUAGGAAGCACAUGUCGUAUCCACGGUUCGCCAGCGGCAACGGCCGCACCACCGCCGCCGCAGCUCCCGACAGAGGAGAGCGUCGACGCUCUCUGUAACACGCUUCACCAUUGGCAUCACUGCCCAGAACUGUACAAGGCCAUAGAAGGCAUCCGCUUCAUCGCCGAUCAUACAAAGAGAGAAGAGGAUUCCACUAGAGUCAAGGAGGAUUGGAAAUACGUCGCGAUGGUGCUCGACAGAUUAUUCCUCUGGAUCUUUACGCUAGCCGUAGUCGUCGGCACGGCUGGGAUUAUAUUACAGGCGCCGACCUUGUACGACGAUCGCAUCCCCAUCGAUGUACGACUCUCCGAAAUUGCCUCCACCACUGCCAAGCCACACAUCGUCACGAGCCUCUGAGGGACAAUUACUAAUUACGUUAAUGCCGCGCGCGUAAAGCCAUAUGCGAACACAUAUAUAACAAUCUAUUACGACAAAUACGACUAACGAAACGUAUUAACGUCCGAAAGAGACUGAAGCCUCGCCAAGUCUUCAACCUUGCGUGAAUGUAUAUCGUUGCGUCGCUGCCGAACAGAGAAUUCUUAUUAUUAAGGCACAAUAUGUGUUCUAUACUCCUCUCUCUCUCUCAUCUCUACUCCGCUAUAAAUUCAGAAUAUUCGUUAAUUAGAGGAUUUAUGUAUAGGUAGGUAAAUUAAAAGAAUCAGAAUUUUUCUCAAAUUAUAGGUUUUUGAUCUUCGAAAUUGGAGAUUAUUUUAGCGAUGUUGCGUUGAUUUUUCUUUGCAUUAUUUUCAAUUUAAUAGUAACAUAUUGCCGUUUACUUGCGCCAAUAUAUUGAUUAAUUAUAGGGACCUAUAUAGAUGAUAGUGAUCUACAGUCAUAUCCGUGCAUUGAUUUUGUCGUCUUAGUAAGAAUUCUCGAGCUACAGCGGAGAAUAAACUUUUUGCGCAAACGCAUAGAGGGUGAUAAAGAAAGGAGUAUCACGACAACAAAUAUGUCUCAACUAUUUGCACGCUGAUCGCGUUUGAUUCCGUGUAGCACGUGAACAGUGUAAGAAGUUCAUAACGUGUAGGUAAUACACAAUCCGAUGUGUACGCAAGAUAUACCUUCUUAUUUCUCGAAUUAAAUAGGAAGGAAAUUCAAGUUGCGCAGGUUGAUAGAGUAUACAUUUAUUUUUUGCAUGGCUUAAUCAGAUUUUUAAAUAUAUGUCAUAAUAUAAUAAUAUGUUUGCGGAAAAUUAUUGCCAGCCAAGUUAAUCGUCACGAAUCUUUUAGGAGACUAAAUACAAUCUUUACUUAUUGCGUAUACGAUAAGAUAACAAUAAAAUUCGAGCAACAAGAAGAAUUUAUCUUAACGUCAUCGGAUUCAGAUGCGGCCUGUGUUUCGCAACUAGGGAAUUAUAAUGAAGUUUAAUAAAGGAAGUGAAUAUAUAUAGUAGGUAAAGGGAGGAUAAACACGUAUAUACUGUAGAAUUAAUUCAGAAAGAUCUUAACAGUACGUAUUUCGUGCCAAUUGCGCUUUUGUAACGCUUUCGAUAGACACAAUAAUAUUAAUUAACAUUACUUUAUUUUGUCAGUACAUAUUAUAAGAUACUUUAAGAAUGCAAAAAACUCGAGCAAUAAGAUAAUAUACCGAAUAAAUUACUAGAUUGUUUUAGUACAAAAGAUACGUUUGCGAAUAUAAAUAUCGAGAGACGAAGGAUGCAAGUGGCACGAAAUUGUACGAAGCCUGUUGCAGACUCAGGAACACACAGAAAAUAAAAAAAAGGAAUACUACAUUUCCCAAUACACUACAUCGAGCCUGUAACAAUGGGGCCAUAUUUUCACAAAGAACGAAAGUGCGUGUUCUCUCGUAUUAAAAAAAAAAAAAGUAAAUAUAUAUAAAAAGUGAAAUUCUAAAUAUAUCUGCAUCGAUUACACGGCGCAGAGAACAGGUUGGGCCUAAAAGAAGGGAAGUUUAGAGGACUCAACUUUUAUUGCUCAUAAUGUAUAUGUUUGUAAUAAGAGUAACUUUCGUAAUUAUAUUUGUUCCAGCACCACAUACAUCGACCGAUACGGUCGGCAAUUUAUUAAACGGAUUUGAAGGAAUACGUAAUAUAUACAUACGAUAGCGAGAAUUGUUUGAUAGCGUUUCCAUGAUUUAUUGUCUUCCUACAGUAGCAUUAAAUUCCAAUUCGUUUUAUCAACGACGGCGGCCUGCCGUUAUUCUUGCCAAAAAGAGAAAAAAAAACAGUAAGUACUGCGAUCGAUAAUUUAUUAUUAGCGAGAAACACAUGUAAUCGGAUCAUGAGACAGUAGUUCGCCGUGUUUGAUACUUUGUACGUUUCGAUAUAAUUUAGUACGAAAAAAAAGACUCUUUAGAUUGUAUAUCGGCGCGAUUAAAUAAAUUAAUUAUAGAUAGAUAAUUUACGUGAUGGAUGUAAUUUGUAAGUUUUAUUAACCCUGCAAUGUGAUGUAUCAUUUUGGAAUCGAAAUAUAAUAAUUUUGUCGAUAAAUA